AUGGAGCGGAGGGACUUACUAAGAAAAUCAGCAGCGCCGUUCAACCGCACCCUCCACACGGCCGCCCUGCCCUCCAUAAUGCUCGACUACUACGAGCUCCAACCCCACCUCGGCCCGCGCCUGCGGUGCCGCGGCCCGCCCUGCCCCAAGUUCGGCCACUGCGGAUCCGCCUUUCCCCACGUACAAGCCUGCUGGAACGAGCACCUGACAGAUCCGCGCCCGCUGUUCCCUGCGGACCCACUCAACUGCCCGCGGCUUCAGCCCGUGGAGGAUGUGGGGCGGCUGCGGCGGCCGUGGUACUUCAUUGACUCGCAGUGCUCGCACCGCGUGGACGUGAAUGCGCGGGAUGCUACAGCCAUGCAGGUGUUCAAGAUGAAGGAUGUGUACUCGGCGUUCGGCGGAUACGUGUUCAACUUGACGCAUCGCUUCAACCGCAACGGCUGCAAGCGCUUCCUCAAGGCAACACUCACCCCCAACAUGACGGUGUAUCACCUUCCCUCGGUGGUCAACUGGGACUACCGCCAGGCGGGCAACUUCUACCACUUCAUCAUCGAGGCCGUGCCGCUGCUCUAUGCCGCCGGGCGCCUGCUGCCCUCGCUGCUGCCUGACGUACCCAUUGCUGCCAAGGGCGACCAGUGGGAGGUGUACGACCAGAUAGGGCUGCCCAUAGUGGGCGUGCCUCGUGAGGACAUGUGGACCAUCCGAGUGCGUGCAUGGGAGAUCGUACAUGCCCACACCAUGUACCAGCCCAUGGCGCAGACGUGUGGCGGCCCCAACAAGGCCCUUUGGACGCACCUGCGCCGCCACCACCUGCUGCCGCCCGGCGGGCUGCCGCUCUUCCACCGCGACUGGACGCUGCGCUCCGUGCCGCCGCUCGCCGACCAGGACAUGGCGGCGCUGCCGCCCAACUGGGUGGUGGUGCUGGGCAAGCGGCCAAUGGCGAAGCGCGCGCUGGUGAACUGGGACGGGCUGCGGGACGCGGUGUACGAGAGCUUUGAGAGCUUUGGGAGCGAGCGCAUUGUGGUGUUCCAAGGAGACCUGCGCAUCAUGGAAGGUGAUGUGAUGGCCGUGCAUGUGGGCAUUUGGGUGUGUGGGCAUGCGGGUAUGUGGGCAUGUGAGGCAUGUGGGCACUUGAGGCAUGAGGCAUGUGGGCAGCCUUCGCCUUUCGAGGCGCCUCAGAAGUCCCCCAAAUCCGCCCCAUUCUCUCCCCCACCAGCCCGGGCUCUCUUUCGCCGGGCGUGCCUGUUUGUGUCGGGCCACAGAGACGACUUCGCCAAUGUCAUCUUCAUGCCCGCCAGCCCCCUUCUGCCCCAACCCAUUUCACUCAACACCCCAUGCACCCCUGAUGCGUGCUCUUCUCAAUGCGCUCCUCUCUCCAUGCUACCCCAAUUGUGUCCCACACUACUCUUUCCCAUACCAGCGCGGGCUCUCUUCCGCCGUGCGCGCCUGUUUGUGUCGGGCCACGGGGCCGCCUUCGCCAAUGUCAUCUUCAUGCCCGCCAACGCCUCCAUCUAUGAGAUCCGCCCGCGCAAGUGUUACAAUGCCUGUUACAACAACCUUGCACAUGCUUGCUCUGUGCGUUACCACCUCUCCUUCGGUGAUGGCACGUGCUAUUCGUCUUUAAAGGCGAACUUGACUCAUGUGAGGGAGACCCUUUCCACGAUAGCGCAGAAAUUUAGAGACGAGGAUGCUACUAUUGCUGAACAAUAA